AUGCCUGCGGUACCGUUCAAAGUCAAGGCGAUCUUCGAAUACAGAUCAGACGAGCCUGAUGACCUCAACUUUGACAAUGGCCAGAUAAUUACGGUUACAGAAGAGGAGGAUGCAGAUUGGUAUACAGGGGAAUACGUGGAUGCCUCCGGAGCGAAGCUUCAGGGCCUGUUCCCCAGGAAUUUUGUCGAGAAGUACGAACCGCCCAUUCCUUCGCGUCCGGUGCGUGCCCCCCGGCGUGCUCCCGUUCCAGAGCCCUCCGAGCGUGUCCCAGAGCCUCCGGCGCCAGAACCAGUCCCUCCGCCAACCGAGAUAUCUGAACCUGUGCAUGAGGAAGAGAAAGCGUCAGUACGAGAGCCGGCCGAGCCAGCGAGAUCAGAGCCCGAGGUUCCUCCGCCAGCCCCGAAGCCUCAGCCGCUGCUCCCGUCGCCCCAACCGCUGUCCCAACUUCUCCUCCCGCCACUUCCCGUGCCCCUCCGCCCGUGGCAGAAAAGCCGUCAUCUAGUUCUUUCAGAGACAGGAUUGCUGCCUUCAACAAGCCUGCUGCAGCGCCAAUUGCGCCUUUCAAGCCCGGAGGUGCAGGAACGCUUUCGUUCCCCCAGCACCCCGAGAAGCCCCAUUCAGAAACCAUACCGGCGUGAAGAUGAUGCAAAUGUAAAUGGGGCAGAAUCUAGAGAUCUAGCGGACCCCUCCGGUGCUCAACCCGAGCCGGAGGUGGAAGACCAACCGAAGCCCCAGUCUCUAAAAGAGAGGAUAGCACUUCUGCAAAAGCAACAAUUGGAGGCAGCCGCACGAAAUGCUGAGAAGAAAGAGAGGCCAAAGAAACCACCCAAGAAGAGAGUCGAGACGAGCGAGCCUGGUGAACAAAUCCAGCCACCUGAGCCGACUUUGGCGAGGCUCGAUUCCAAUGAAACUCUGGGUCGCCCGUCUGCUGAGGUAGCCGAAGGCGAACAUGACAUCCCAGGCCUCCCCCGUCGCACGACAGGCCUCAGCACGCCCCAGCCUGCUUCUCGAGAGCUCGUGAGUGAUACAAAUGACGCCGAUGACUCAGGAGCCGCAGACGACGACGACGCUCAAGAAACUUCCACGGAAGAAGAGCGUCCAAAGUCUAAAGGCACGGAUAUCCCUAUUCCAGCAGCUAUCCCCAGGAAAUCAAUGGACGAUGACCGAGAGAAACAGGGUGAGGAGGAGGAAGAAGAAGAAGAGGAGGAGGAGGAAGAGGAUGAAGAGGAGGAUCCGGAGCUCCGUCGGAGAAGAGAGCUCAGAGAUAGGAUGGCUAAGAUGAGCGGAGGUAUGGGCAUGAUGGGCAUGUUCGGCGCUCCGGCCGGGAUUGGACUUCCUGGCGCUGCGAGGAAGCCAAAAUCAGAACCCUCUCGACAGGCUUCUGAGAGCCAUCCACAGGACGAGCCUCAAGAACGAGCAGCUCCGGUGAGAAUCAUGGCCCUGCCAGGAAUGUCUCCAUCAAUACCCAAACGGCAAGAGGACCCUGUGGCUUCGCCAGAAAGUGACGAAGACGAGACUGCACGUCCGACGCCCCAAGAACCAGGCGUCCAGGGAGAGACCGAAGAUUAUAUUUCGAAACCCCUACAACGGCGCUCGACGGAUCGUCCUCCUCCACCGGUGCCACAAGACCGCGCCGCUCCUCCGCCACCACCACUACGUGAUGCUAGGGGUGCACCUCCGCCGCCACCAGAAGGCCCAAGAGCGGCUCCUCCGAUUCCCCAGUCUCCCACAGCUCGAUCCGUACCUCCCCCACCAACCUCGUUGCCACAAGCAUCGUCAGAAACUCCCGGUUACGAGGAAGAGGAUGGAGCCUACGCAUCCCCCGAAGAAGACACCCAAGAAGCGCCAGAGACCCCAGCGGCCGCACCAGCACUUCCUCCAAUGCCCCCAGUGAGACCGUCUGAGCAUUCUAUCGUGGACACCGCAUCUCCAAUUACCGAUAAACGAGCUUCACGACCGCCGCCCCCGAUUCCCAUGAGUCCGGUCUCUCCUCAGACCAGAGCUCCUCCACCUCCACCUCCAGGAGCUCCCCCAAGUCGCCGUUCGACGACUGAUUCGCGUGGUUUUGGCACUGUGCAUUCUCCCAGGCCUGGUGAUGACGACGAGGAGGAAGUCACUGAGUACGACGGAGAUUAUGAUACGGACAUUGCUUCAAGUGCAAAGCACAAAGACGCCUUGAAAGCUCACAAUCGUGAUUCAAGCCUUGACGAAGGCGCCCUCACGGAUGAUACGAAAUCCCCGAAACACGCUCCCCCGCGAGCAGCUCCUCCGUUGCCUCCAGUCAAUAUUCCGCGAGACAUGCCGCCUCCGCCUCCAUCCCUACCAACGCCCAAGAGCCGAAGGUCUAUGGACGCCCCGCGUGCAGCUCCCCCACCAGUCCCGCCGCCAAAAGUGAGUGAAGAUGAUGAUUAUGAUCCGUAUCGAUAUUCCGCGCCUCAACACCCUCCGCCACCUCUUCAUACCAAGACAACGUAUUCUACAUCACUACAGUCGCCGAGAGAGGAGCUCGAGGAAGAUGAUUUGUACAGUGCAAUGCCCCAACCGACUAUUAUACCACCCCCACCGGCAGAAAGGCCGGCUCCUCCACCGCCGCUACCAGAGCCGGCGGAGUAUAUUGCGCCGCCCACUCUCGCGCCACCUCCGCCAGCGGAAAUCCCUGAACAGAGUACCGACCUUCGAAGAUCUGGUACUCUUUCCCGCCGUUCGAUGGACCAUUCCAGAGGAAGCAAUGAACAGGGGUAUAUUGCCCAAGACAUCGACCUCGGAAAGAGCUCGAUGUGGUGGACACAAAAUAACUUACCGCCUCCUUCACUACAAGGCAGACCCGAUGUUCUAUACGAAAUGGAGACUGGUUCCUCCACCAAACGUGGAGGCAGGACCACCAUCUCGAAGGACAUUUACGUGCUUUACAUGGACUAUUCCCAGACUACAAUCAAUGUUAGCUACGACGCAGCGGAUCCAACGCACGUGACAUUGGAACAGAACCACGGAAGACCUCCCCCUGCGCCUCGGCGUGACCAACUGGAGAAUGCGUCUGUCCAAUAUGGUAAUCAGAUAGCGCGAGUGGCUAGUGGUCUUUCUGGCACAACUGUUGGCGAUGGGUCUGCCCGAGCCUUUGUCCUCGAGCUCUUCAAACCACAUCCAACAGCGCUCCUGCCGGUUGGCACGAGAGCAUAUGGUGCUCUCGUUUAUUCCAACUUAGGUAACGCAUCUACACAACAAUUCGACGAAAUCCGGCCAGGCGACAUAGUCACGUUCCGCAAUGCCAAGUUCUCGGGCCACAAAGGUGGCCUUCACCAGAAAUACAGCGUCGACGUGGGGAAACCUGAACACGUGGCUGUGGUUAUCGAUUGGAAUGGCACCAAGAAGAAGAUUCGUGCUUGGGAGCAGGGAAGAGACUUGGAAAAAGGAAAAAAGCCGAAGGUGAGGGAGGAGAGCUUCAAGGUCGGCGAUCUGAAGAGCGGAGAGGUCAUGGUUUGGAGGGUCAUGCCGAGGACUUGGGUGAAUUGGGACACUACCAAGUCGUGA